UCAUGUGAAAAGCAAGCCGAGAUUGAAGGCUCAGCUGGUUGAGAGAGGUCCUCCAUUUGCAAAGGGACGAGUUCUCACAUCGAGUACAGAGCAGUGAGAAAUGAGGAAGAAAGAAAAGAGGUGCUUGUCCAAUCAGAGAUGCAGAUGGCCACAGAAGACAUGAGUACCAGCCAAUCUGGCACCAGGAUGACUUCCACUUGCCAAUUUAUGCAUAAAAAAUCAAAUGUGACCCCCUAAUUAAACAAUUGAUACAGUUUACCUAGAUACAUACUGCCAAUGAAGUGAUACAUCCCAUCCCUGCACUCAUUUCUACUUGAUAAAUCCCUCAUUCCUAACACAAGUUUAACUCAACUCAGACUUCAAUUUGCUGUACGAUUACAUAGACACUACAGAGAGACAGCAACAUUUUACCAUGCUGUGACCACAACUCAAGCAGAACAGACACAAAUCUCACAAAAAAAAGAGCAGCAAGUCACCAUAUACUGAGAUAUUACUAAACAAACAAGCCGUCGCUCUCUUUCAAAUGGCGCUAGCCUGCAUGAAUAAAUGUUAGAUGGCAAGCAUCUCUGGUCGGCCUUCUCCAAUGGAUAUUGUGAUGACAUCCCAAAUGGCCCAGAAGACGGGACAGGGACGGCAGAGACAUAAUGUGACAGGAGGUUCUUCAUCAUUGGUCCUGUCCACAGCCAGCUCCUUCCUCUGUUGGCUUGCCCUGCUGUCAAUAAUGCGGUUGCCAAUGGUAACAGCUGACUGUUGGCUUAUCGAAGGGGAGAAAGGCUUUGUGUGGCUGGCUAUCUGCAGUAUGAACCAGCCGCCUUAUGAGGCCAUCCCAUCCCAUAUCAACAGCACUAUUGUGGAUCUGAGGCUGAAUGAGAACAAGAUACGAUCGGUCCAUUAUUCUUCACUCAGUCGCUUUGGCAACCUCACCUAUCUGAACCUAACCAAGAAUGAUAUCAGCUAUGUGGAAGAUGGAGCAUUCUCAGCACAAUUCAACCUGCAGGUUCUCCAGAUGGGUUUUAACAAGUUGAGGAACCUGACAGAGGGGAUGCUGCGAGGCCUGGGCAAGCUGCAGUAUCUCUAUCUGCAAGCCAACCUCAUCGAGACUGUUACACCCAACACCUUCUGGGAAUGCCCCAACAUAGAGAAUAUAGACCUCUCCAUGAACAGGAUCCAGGUGUUGGAUGGCAGUUUGUUCUCUGGACUCUCUAAGCUGACCACCUGUGAACUUUACACCAACCCCUUCAACUGCUCUUGUGAGCUGUUGGGUUUCCUGCGCUGGCUCUCAGCCUUCCCCAACAGGACCAGUGAGAGAAUGGUGUGCGACUCCCCUCAAGGAUUCUUCGGCUACAACCUCCUGAGCCAGAACCCCCGCAUGCCUACCCAACGCAACGCUCUGCACGUGCUCAGUCUUGUAUGUACAGACGACGGCAGUAGUGUGACAUCUUUCUAUGUUAUUGGUUCGGCUGAUUCAACCACCCUGCCCCCAGAUUUUGCCUCUCCCUGUGGAUUGGACGAUUGUGCUUCUGGGACCCCUCCUGAUGAGGUAAUCAGCUUAAGCCCCAUUUUCUCUGACGCCAAUCCGAUCAUGACGCUGAAACAGGUGCUACAUUCAAGCGCUGUAAUAACGGUUCAGAUUCCUCAUCCGUACAGGAAAAUGUACAUCCUUGUGCUUUAUAACAACAGCUUCUUCACAGAUAUCCAGAAUCUGAAAAAUCAAAGAGAAGAUAUUGAGCUGAAGAACUUGAAACCUAACACUGACUACACGUACUGUGUGGCUUCUAUACGAAACUCCUUGCGCUUCAACCACACCUGUUUGACCAUAUCCACCGGCCGCCGGGCCGGGCCUGAGACGAUAGCCAAUCAGUCGUCAGCCACCCACUACAUUAUGACUAUUUUGGGCUGUUUGUUUGGCAUGCUACUCUUUCUUGGCCUAAUAGUCCACUGCCUGAGAAAGAAGAGGAUCAUGGAGGAGAAGGAAAGGAAGAUGAGCAGGAUCCAAAGGACUCUGAUAGAGCUCAAGUAUGGUGGAGAAGGGGAUAUAGAGGGCGGGAGUGGAGGAUCUGUUUCCCAGAAGCUUGGCGCUGGUGACAGCCUGUCCAGAAUGCCCUACCUUCCUCAGGGUGGUGAGAUAGAUCCAUACAAGCUGCAGGAGGUUAUAGAAACACCUGCGCACAAGCCUGCUAAACUUAACUACAUGGAGGUGAGAGGAUCUGGCAUUGAAAGGGACAGGGAGAGGGAGAGGGAGAGGGAGAGGGAGAGGGAGCGAGAGCGAGAAAGAGAGAUGUCGCCACAAGCAAAUCCCCAGGGCUCAGUAGCAGAGAUCUCAACCAUUGCUAAAGAAGUUGAUAAAGUUAAUCAGAUCAUCAACAACUGUAUAGAUGCUCUCAAAUCUGAGUCUACUUCCUUUCAACAGGGGAUGAAAUCCCCCUCUUCUGCCGGUGGAGGGGCUGUUUCGACUGCAGAGCCGCAGCUGGUGCUUCUCUCUGAGCAAGGAGAGAGAGGAGAAAGAGGAGGGGAGUUCCUCUCCCCAGUGUAUAAGGGAGGAAGAGGAGGAAGAGAAGAGAGAGGGCGAAGCUAUCAUCAUUCGCUGCAGCGACAUCACAGCAUGGAGGCUCCUCCAACCUCCAAAAGGCCCAGCACCUCCUCUUCUCCUGGCUCUGCCAGGAGCCCACGCUCAUUCCGCUCGGAGGGAGGCUAUCACACAUCAGAGACCCGCUAUAUCGAGAGAACCUCACCAGGAGAGAGAGGAGAAAGGGCAGGCGGAGGAGUAGAGGCCAUCCGUACAGUCACCCCAGCAGCAGCUAUCUUACGAGCUGAAGCCCAGAGAAUCCGUCAGUACAAUGAACACCGCCACUCCUAUCCCGGCUCACAGCAGCACCUCCAGGAGCUGCAGCACCACCCCCAGAUGCUGCAGGAGCUCCACCACCACCCAGGGGGCCGUAAGCCCUCCAUGUUAGACCCCCUCACCCUCAGCAGGCAGGCCAAGCAACGGGAGCUGGCCUACUCCCAGCUAUCGCCACACUAUCCGCUCUCGCCCCAGUACCACAACCUCAGCUACUGCUCCAGCCCAGAUGAAGACGAGGAAGAGGAAGGGCUUCUCUGCACCCCGACCUUGGGGCUGUGGGAGAGGUUCAAACUGCACCGUAAGAGGCACCGGCAGGCGUCCAUGGAGGAUGAAGGAUACGUGGCAGCCGGACAUGCGCUGAGGCGAAAAGUUCAGUUUGCCAAGGAUGAGGAUCUUCAUGACAUACUGGACUACUGGAAGGGUGUGUCCGCUCAGCAGAAGACCUGAUCCCACAUCUGGAGACCCCAAACACUUUGAAGAUGGAAAUUAACAACAUUGCACCCAUAACAUAUUGAUACAGAUACACAGACCGAUACAAAAAUGACCUGUAAAUACACACAAACACACACAACUUACAGGAUCUACAGAAUCAAACUGCACACAUACAUCUAUAUACACAUACAUCUAUAGACACACACGUUGGCUAACACUUAACACAAACCAAGCCUUUGCUUCUGAGAACAUGAAGGAGGACCAAACUAAUAUAUUAUAUUGAACAAAAAUCUUAUAACUUAAAACUUAUAGAGAGACUGAGUUACUUUUUGUAAUGUAAGGAAAAUUAUAGCUCAGACUUAUGUAGCUAUUUGUACUGUUUUGAAUGAAGGGGGAAAAAAUCAAUAUUAAGAACAGAAAACUUAAAUGCUGCCGGGCAACCCAUCCUGAACAGCCUGGCUACGCUUUUGAUCUGCCUUGAGACUGACAUUCAUCAAACCUGACCACAGCAGAUUAACCUCACCAAUUCUCAUUACAAAGGUGAAUUGAUAUAGAGUUUGCUUUGGGGUGGUUGUUUUUGUAUCGCGCCCAGUAAAGAAUUACAUUUUGAAAGAAAGAUUUGCUGUGAUUUGGGACAUUGAAAACAUCAAAAUGACAAAUGGAUGGGUCGCCAGGCAACAGUAAUAUUUAACUGUGCUGAGAAUGAGUAGGUAGCUCUCACCAGAGAGUCAGUAUAAUGUGCCAAAUCAACCAAGGGGAUAGUAGAGCCCUACUGUGUACCAACUUCUCCUUGCCACUGUUUUUAUAUACAGAAUUUAAAAAAACCUAGAAUGAUAUGUUAUUACUAUUAAUUAUUAUUAUUAUUACAUUACUGGUCUUCUUAUUAUUCCUAUGCUCCUCAUCAUUAAUACUCUAUUAUUUGAAUAUGGCAUGGCUCUGUCGUGUGACUGUGUUUUGACUGUUUUGAAACUCUCAGCUGAGAAGUGCACACCAACAGAGACAAACAUGAUGGACGAGACAUUUGAGUUCUUCUUUUCUACUAGGAGGAAUGUGCUCUCUGCGGAGCCAAAAACAAGCCCAUCUUUUCUCUUGGUGAACCCCUGCUACACCUGCUCCUCAUCCUCCUAAAGAGGGAACGCUGUACAGAUGAGAGAGAGAAGUUCUAUAUUUGCAACAGAGGUGACUGUUUUGUUUGUACAACAUGGUUAUGAAAUCUUUCAGACUUUUCAGAAACCACAAUCCCAAGUUAGUUACCUACCUGCUCACUUACAAUGGUACGUUUUUGAUUUUGAAAUGGAACUAAAAAUUCUAAUCUUCAAAUGAAUGUCUUCAAUUCCCACAGGGGAAACAUAUCUGCACUGUUCAAAAUCAAAAAACGACUUUUAGGAAAAGACCUAAAGCUCUCAGCUUCCUUCCCGAUACACUGUAGAUCCACUGUGUUUUAUCAACAAUUGUUUUUCCCCCCACAUCUCCCAGGUUUUUACUUUUUAUGUUUUGGAUUCCUCUGGUUCCACUGUGGUGCCAUUGUGCCAACUUGAUAAAUCACAAAGAAGUGUUUGAAAUGCUUUUAAAUACUACUAUUUACAGACCUCUUCUUCUCCUUCACCUUCUUCAGCAUACACCAGUUUGCCAAACAGAACAUCAAUUUGCACAAAAAGAUCCACCACCAUUGGCUCACUGCUCCCUUUCUAUCCUCCAAUCAUUUCUAAGACCAAAGUACUGUGGUAGUAAAUUGACCUUUAUAGCCCCUUACCCGGCCCCAACUACUUACCCACCAUCACCCUUACGACCAAUUUAUACUUCUGUGUCAAGUCUAUGCCAUAGCCGACGGUGUAGGCAACGUGCCAUCGUGAGCACUAUACAUUUAUACUACGCAUUGGUGUCUGUGUUGCUCUGCACUUACACCGCCAAAACUGAGUGGAUCAUGCUGAUUGAUGUUGAACAGCAGUUACUUCUAGUGGAAUUACAGAAACACAGAAAUGAGAGAAGGCAUCGGUAGAGACGGUAUGUACGACCUUUGAACCAGUUGAGGCAGAAGAGGGACAAGCUAGAAAUGUGUUGGAGGAAAUGCAAUGCUACCAAGCCAACCACUCGCAGUUGUUGAGGUCUGCGUCACUGUGAGGUGUAGUUACAUUUUUGGUAAGUCUACAGCAAGUUUUACAGUGUAGGGUACAUGGCUACGCAUAGGCUACAGCGUAGAUUUGAUGCAGAAGUAUAAAUUGGCUUUUACAGUUACAACUCUAGCACAUGCAAACAUACACAUUCAAGUGUACUCAUGCACACACAACCACAACAACACACAGAUGAAUGUAUUCUUUCAGAAUUUAAUACUGUUGCAGCUGUAUUUUCUGUUUUCUGAUGUACAAGCUGUAUUCGAACAGUGUCCUCAUCUAUCUGAAAAAAAAAUUUGGCUUUCUGAAAAAAAAAAAAAAAAAAAAAUCUGGUAGAUUCUCAUGGACAACUUUCCUCACACCAGUUUGUAUAACCAUUUGAACGAAAUGUUGUCCACCAGAAGCCCAAAAUUACCACUUCAGACGUCCAUUGAAGUACUAGCAAUGGGAUUUUUGCCUUAUCAACGGUUUUUAGCUGAAAAUGUUUGUGAUAUGAGAAGUGUCAUAGUAAAAUGUGAUGGUAUCACUAGCAUGGUGAAAAGAGACUACAUGUUUAUCUGCAAUAUCUGCAGGAUCUAAAUACUAGAGGCUGACUAGAGGAGAAAAUGUGAUGUGAUAACAAAAAUACUGCUGUUUAUUCUAUACAGAACUGUGCUACAACAACUCAUUUAAGAAGACCGUAAACCACGGAUGGAGUCAAGAACAUUUAAAUUCAGUGGAUUUUGAAUUUAACAAGCUUGUAGUAUUUACAGUAUUGACGAGCAAUUUGUAAUUACAAAUGCUUAUACUGAGUGAAUCACACUCACUUGGCUUUCUGAAUUGAAACAGAAUCGACUCCAACCUUGAAACAACACUGAGGACUACACAAUAGAAACAACUGAGCUGGCAAACAAUGAAAAGUUUAUUGAUGAAUGGAAACACUGUAAAAAAUCUUAUUUCUCUGCUAUAAUGAGUUCAGAAUGCUCAAGUCAUUACGCCCAGUUAAAGCCAUAAUCGUGGGUUAGUGAAAUCACCACAGCUGUUUGUAGCACUGCAAAAGCACAUUCAUUUGUGUGGUUAAAAAAAGAAUUUUCUUUUCUCCUCUGGUACUGCAGCAGCUAUAACAUGGUUCCUCUGCUGCUGCAGCAAACAAUCCGACUCUGAUCCAAAAGAAAACUGAUGAGCCGUGGUUGUUUCUGCAUUACACAUCCCAGAUUGUGGCUUUAACUAAACAACAGCCUUAAAAAAAUAGAUUUUCUUUAAUCUUUUUAACUUUAACAUUGCUUUAAAAAUCGAACAAUUUCCUGGAUUCUUAACUUAUACUUUCUUGACUGCAAUUUUAUAAUUGCUUGAUAAGCCUCACUUGAGCAUUCUUUGAGUAACAGUAAUAUCAAUGUAGCGAUGUAUUAAACUACUGUUUUUCUUUCUCCGUUCUGUUUAUGAACAAUAAUGGCCUGAAUUUAUCAUGUGUCAGAGAGUUGCAGAGCUUGUCUAGAAUCAGACAACAAUGAGUUGAUGGUCGAGGCGACCAGUCGACAGUGACCCUAAUCAGCACUGCUAUUCUUUGAACCGUGAUGAAGACAAACUGUGUUUUUGAAACAACAAUGCCUAGAAAGUAGAAAUAAAUAGAGGUCCUACUGACAACAGACAGAAACGAGAAUGGAGCAUGCUGCAAGGAGAUCCUCAGAGGAUGCUUGUGUUGAAUUCUUCUAGUGAAUGACUCAGGAGUGAGAAAGUGAGAGAGAGAACGCUGUGCCAUAGGAUCUCUCAGAGGCUUUCUUUUUUUAUUUUCUUGUCAAAAAAUUAAAAUGAGCACAAUAAAAUAGCCUUUCUUUCACUGUCUCCUUUCCUGGAGAAACCAUACAUAUGCCUGAAGUUUUAAACACACUCAGGACUUUCACAUUUCAACAACAUUUGAUUGCUUGAGUAAAUGCCUAAUAGGUCAAUUUACCCAUAUCACAAUAAAACACAUUUUACUUAAUAUCAGUGGUACCUAGCCAUGAACAAUUUGGGUGUUAUUUGUUAAUCUGUCUUUGAGAUUUCUGCUUCCACCUUAAUACAAUCAAGGGGAACUAAAUUUAUUGGUAGAGCUCAGUGUUGAAAAAUGUAUAUUUAAAACAUUCAACAGAAACAUGUUUCCAUAGCACUGUCCCAGUUUCUUUGGACAAUCCACAGAACAGUGGGUGUGUCUAAUAUUCUAAUAAAUAAAUGAUGUCUCUAUUAAAUCAAGAAUAAUAGAGAUAUCAUUUCUGGAAUGACAAGCUGCCUAACAAUUAGACAAUAAGCCUAAAAAUGCAGGAGCUGUUUCUUUGUCAUUGGCUUAGCUGUGAUUUCAGAUGGGUUUAAAGGUUUAAACCUGUGUCAUCUGGGCUAAAGUCACACGAUCAAUUAAAGGUGCAGUAAGAGAUUCUGGAGUCAAUACCAUGACAAACAUCAUGAUAUAGAGCGAACAACAACACAGCAAGUGUUGUAAAGUUAGCUAGGGUAGCUGGGUUAGCAUACUGUUGUUACAGUUGCUGCUGCAAAGCUAACAGAAGCCCAGACCCAGAGCCAGCACAACAGCACCAAACAGUGAUAUUCACGACUCUCCUGCUACUAUAGCUAACAUUACAACAACAGCAUGUCUUGGCAAACUAGAAAGUAAGCUUAAGCGAAUCCGUGGGCAAGUAAUUUAAUGUUAAACAUACAAAUCACAGCUGGAAUACUGUUGUGAGCUCAGUCCCAGCCACCUUGUUUGUUUCCCAUUUACAGAGCCAAGGCUGUGUACACACAACAGAUUUUUUUUCAGCACACAGGCAGCUAGCAGAUCGAGAUAUUCACAGAAUUUGACACAGAGAUGUAUUUUGUAUUAGAAUCGCUUACUCCACCUUUAAAUCCCAUUGCUGUGUCCUCAGAAGCUGGGUAAACUGCACCUGUGGUUUAGUCUGAUUCUGGUUGCUGUGUCCUGUAGAAAUCAUCUAAACUCCUGAAGAGGUCACUGUAUCUGAGGUUUAACUUAAACUUGCUGCAGACGUGGGUUAACUGAGGUAUAAGGUUAUAAAGUUAAGUAUAAGGACAUAUUUAUACAGCUCACAUUAUUAGUUUCUAAAAUUUCAAACAUUUUACCAUGUAUGUUCUUUUGAAGGCAACACUGUAACCAAGUGCCAAUUGUGUAAUUACAAUUAAAG